UUCUGAAAAGUGUUGUGUUUUUUACGGAUUCUUACCAAUGAGACAUCUCUUCAAUACAGUCAAUUGAUAGAGUUCGAGCGACGGCGAACAGGUUGUUGUUCCAGACAGACUUUUGAGCCAUCUUCUUUUACAUGGGAGUACCCAGUGUAAAUUGCAAUCUGGCAUGCUAAAGGAGUGAGGUCCAGCAGGGAUACUACCUUCACCUUCCCUCAUAUUCCCACUCCUCAACAAAGCUGAGCACGGAAAACAGGCAUGAUGGGAGUCCCUGUGUUCUUUGUGGUGGUGCUAGCAUUUAUCUGUCACAGCCACAGCCUGGAAAUACAAAACCCUUUCUACAGGUUCAAAAGGUCUCAGGAAAAUGUCUUGUCAGAUCCCAGUGACUGUGUGUCCAGGACCAAGCAGCAGGUCUUAAACUCUCACAACUUCUCUGUGGAAAUUCGGAUGCCUGGUGUUGUCCCAACUGGGUCAGACACUUACCUGUGCACAGCAUUUCCUGUGCCAACUAGUCGAGAUGCAUAUAUUGUGGACUUCAUACCUCAUGCCAGCAUGGAUACAGUUCAUCACAUGCUUCUGUUUGGCUGCCAGACUCCUGUGUCCACCAGCAGCUACUGGGACUGUGGCAGUGUACAAGGCACUUGUGCAGAUGAGGCAUCCAUUAUGUAUGCCUGGGCUCGGAAUGCACCACCUACUAAAUUACCCAAAGAUGUUGGUUUUAAAGUUGGAAGAAAUUCAGGAAUGUCCCACUUUGUGCUGCAGAUCCAUUAUGGAGAUAUCAGUGCUUUCAGAGACCAUCAUAGAGAUUGCUCAGGAUUAACCUUAAGAAUGACAUCCAAACCGCAGCCAUUCAUUGCUGGUAUAUACCUGCUAAUGUCUGUGGACACAGUUAUCCUUCCAGGAAAAAAAGUUACAAAUGCAGACAUCGCCUGUGAUUACACUUCAUAUCCCAUCUACCCGUUUGCCUUCAGGACUCACACACACCACCUUGGUAAAGUGGUCAGUGGCUACAGGAUCCGAGACGGGAAGUGGAGCCUGAUUGGGAGACAAUCCCCUCAGCUACCACAGGCAUUCUAUCCUGCUAAUAAGGAGGUGAAUGUGAAGUAUGGUGACACCAUUGCAGCCAGAUGUUUGUUUACUGGGGAGGGCAGAACCUCCAAAACGUAUAUCGGUGGUACCUCUGAUGAUGAAAUGUGCAACUUCUAUAUAAUGUACUACAUGGACAGCAAACAUGCCAUCCCCUACAUGAACUGCAUGGAGUCUGGCUCCAAAGAGCUGUUUCAGCAUAUUCCAGCUGAGGCCAAUGUUCCCAUAGCUGUCAGUCCAGGUCAUAUGAACUCUAUGAUGCAUAUGGUGCACUCAACAGAUCAUCAAGAAAACAUGUUGCUACUGGAUACAAACAGAGCUGAGCAGGUUCUGGAUCAGGGUGACCCCUAUUCACUUAUGUCUAAGCUGCUAGACCAGAGCAAGGACGUAGUUCACAUUCAUAAGUACAAACCCAGCGAGAUGCAAAAAGCCCAGGCUUGGCAGUUGGUGGCUCAGAUUGAUAGCUUAAUGCAACAUAAACACCAGGGCUCUCCCAGUGCCAGACUAGCCUUCCAAACCAGGGAAGAUCCUGUUUUAGUGAGGGACAGAGUCCAUAAAUUCCAUCAGCUUGAUGCCACGGCCAAGCCGCCAAGAAGCAAGCUGCUAGCUAAAGGACAAGACUACCAUUUGGAGCAAGUCUCAGCGUGGCCUCAGAGUUCUCUCCAGCUGGGUCAGGUGUCAGGACUUACCCUUGACUCAGACUCUAACUUGGUCAUUUUCCACAGAGGUGACCACCACUGGGGGGCAGACUCUUUUAACAGCCAGGCUAGAUAUCAGCAGAGGUCCAUAGGUCCAAUUCAGCAGUCCACGAUUUUGGUUGUGGACCCUGCCAAAGGCAACAUCCUGAAGGCUUCUGGCAGAGACAUGUUUUAUUUGCCUCAUGGAAUAACUACUGACAAGAACAAUAAUUACUGGGUCACUGAUGUGGCUCUUCAUCAGGUGUUAAAAGUGAGCAGUGACGGCAGAGACAGAAUGUUGCUGGCACUGGGAGAGGCCUUCAUACCAGGAAGUGACAACAACCACUUCUGCCAGCCCACUGAUGUGGCUGUAGAUACUGAGACUGGAAACAUAUUUGUGUCUGAUGGCUACUGCAAUGCCAGAAUACUGAAAUUCUCUGCUGAUGGCAAAUACCUGUCUGAGUGGGGUGCAGGCUCGUCAGACAGAAGGCGCAUACCGUUCCGGAUCCCCCACAGCCUGGUGUUUCUUCCUGACAGACAGGAAGUUUGUGUGGCUGACAGGGAGAACGGACGUAUCCAGUGCUUCAUAGCCAAAACUGGAGAAUUUGUCAAGGAAAUAAAGAAAGAGGAGUUUGGAGGGGAGGUGUUUGCCCUAACGUACAGCCCUGCUGGAGAUGGCUUGAUCUUUGCAGUAAAUGGGGAAUCUCCAUAUCGCUCAGCUCCACUAAGAGGUUUUGUAAUAGAUUAUUCAACCAUGGACAUAUUGGAUACCUUCAACCCAGAGAAAAAGGAGUUUAAAAUGCCUCAUGACAUAGUUGAAACCAGUGAUGGCAGCGUCUUUGUUGGGGAUGCAGGCAGUAAAUCAGUCUUCAAGUUCACCACUGAGAAAUUACAUCGCUCUGUCAAGAAAGCUGGAAUCGAGGUUCAAGAGCUUGAAGAAAUGGAGACAUUUGUCCAAACUAAGGUGAGGCCGGAGCACAACAUGUCGAAGACAGCAGCUAUCCAAGAGAAGCAAACUGUGGCUCAACAGCCUCAACCACAAGAAGAGAACGAAGAGGAGAAGAAGAGUGCAGCAAAGCCAAACAAAGAGUGGGGUGUACUCCCAGCCAUUAUCACUACACUGCUGCUCAUCCCUCUGCUGGUGGUCAUCUCCAUUGGAGUCUUUAUCUGCUGGAGGAAAAACAACCGAUGUGAGGUGAAAACUGAACCCAGUUCUGUGGGAGGGAUCCUGGGAAAAAUAAGAGGUAAAGCUGUGGGCAGUCUGAACCUUGGGAACUUCUUUGCAUCCCGUAAGGGUUACAGUCGUCAGGGCUUUGACCAGCUGAGUACUGAAGGCAGCGACCAGGAGAGGAACGAUGAGGACAGCAGCGACUCCGAGAAUGAGGAGUACUCUGCUCUGCCGCCUCUUCAGUCCUCCUCUUAGACACUCUGGGACCAGCCACCAACCUUUGUUUUUUCUGGCAAUUCAAGAUGUAUGUUAUUCGUCAUGUGUGUAACUGUUGUGUUAGCUGCCAAUCGUAUUGUUUAUAUAUUUAAAUAUAUGCUGUAUAUAAAAUAAUUUAGCAUAAUUUAGACGAUUUAUUUCAUCUUUAUUUAAUUUACCUGUGAUCUUGAUGCAGCAUUGGUGACACAAUUCACACAUAUCACGAUGAAAGAUUGUUUUUCCGAAAUCAAACUUGUAUUUAGUGAAAUUAUUAGCACAAUCCCCUGGACACACGUUACAAUAUCUGGUGUCAGAUUCAACCCAAAACAAGAGAUAACUCAACUUUUAAUUUUUUUCUUAUUUUAGAGAUUUUCUUAAAAUGAGAAUCAGGAACAAUCAGGAGAAAUUGUGAAAUAAGUUAUUUGAUAUUGAAAACAGAUAAAACAAAUCUAAGCCCAUUUGUGGAUUUUUAUUUAUUUUAACUAAAAAUAAACUAAACUUUACUGAAUUUACUACUUUAGAUGGGGAAUUUCUGUGACUGAAAUGUGGUCAAGUAUUUUACAGUUAGUCAGUUGAUGUUAUAUAUUUGUACUUAAAGUGACCAGUUUGAAAACGUUAAUGGCUCUGUUUUCAUGGCAGUGCUAUGACCAGCACAAGCAGAACUACGACAUUUUUUUUCUUUUUCUGAUCGAGACAUUAGCUUUGUCCAGCUGUUUGCCCAGGUGGGAAGAGAGGUACAAACAGGUGGAAGUGCAGAAAGAGUCCUUGGAAUUUUGGGAGAAGUUUGGUGAAGGUGGGAAUAGAUGUCUCUGAACCAUGUCUGUUUCUGAGGCAAGUCACUCCGCUGCCAAUUUGUUGAUUCUGUCAACAAGAGCAAACUAAAUACUUGGAGAGAAUGUUGUUAAACAUUCAAGUAGGUGCAUUUUAAUUGCCCUUUUUGGUUGCUUUAAUGUGGUUAAACCCGAAAGGAACUUGAUGGAACAUCAGUAAAUUGAUGAUCUAUGAAAUAAUAUGAGUGAUUCUUACAGUUUCUGUAUGCCCAGCUUCAUAUGAACAGUUUCUCCUUUAGUUCAUCUCUGCAGACAUUUGAGGGCAUCAGGACACGUAUAUCGAUAAAUCUACAGCCUCUGAUUUAAGAAGUGCCACAGUAGCAGUUGUUCAUGAGGGAGACAGUAGAUUACCGGGAGUCAUGAACCCAAAAGCUUUUAGCAAAAGUACCAUUUCAUACAAUAUGAUGUAAUUAUUUACAUUCUGAGAUACAGUAGAAUUAAGCCUGAAAUAGUGUUGGAUUAAUCAUGUAAACGGCUUCAGCAAACUUUUUUUAUUCUUUUUUUCAAUUGUCAUUGUCAAACCCCACACCAUCUGCCUCUGGCUGCAGAUUUGUGGUACUGUGUCUUAUGGUGCCACUCUGCACCAUCAGACAACAAUCUGAUUUCCUGGAUAAGCCGAACUUCUUUUGCUGAGCUGUUGCUGUUAUGCCUCACUGUGAUUGGCUUAGCUGUUUCAGUGCGAUGAGAGCAGUGAUGUGAUUAGUGAUUGCCACACCUCCUCUUCUAUAUUCCACUUCACCCAGCCUUUUUACACUUUGCGCUGCUGAACCAAAGUAGCAGGUGAGGGUAGGCGCACAGUCCGUGGGCUCGAGAUGUACCACUUUUGCUGGUCACUGCGCUUGCUAAAUUAAAAUAGGGGCCCUAAAAAAGGAACACAAAACAUAAAUACAGUGCUUUUCAUGACAUUUAAAUAUCUAAGGAAAAAUUCAAUUAAGCCGGAUUAAUUAUGGAAUUUUGCAAUUAUUGUGAUUUUAAAAAUGAAUAGUUUAACAGCACUGAUAUGGUAUACAGUAUAACUGUUAAGUUUACUGGAAAAGUGCAUACAUUAAUCUCUUCCAUGUAGCUAAACACAGCAUUAUUUCAACAAUUGUUUGGUUAAUAUUUUAGUCAGUAACAUUUCACUUGUAAUGUUGUGCCUUUUCUGUAUUUUGCCUUUCUUCAGCACCUGCCAUUACAAAAUGCACCAGCUGCUGCUAGUAGAACUUGUACUAUAUUGAUUUCUCUUCAUUCAAGUGAAUGGAAAAUUGAUACUAUUACGUGUGUGUGUGUGUGUGUGUGUGUGUGUGUGUGUGUGUGUGUGUGUGUGUGUGUGUGUGUGUGUGUAAGAUGCCAAUCAAACAGCCAAGUCUCGAGCACUGUAACUAUUACAUCAAACUAAUAACUUCAGACGGAAUAAAGAAAUAGCAUUAAUUGAGAAA